GUAUUCUCAAGCCUAACCUGUCAAGGUUCAGCUCUUGAACGCGCGCAAGGUCGCCAGGAGAACGCCGUCAACUGCCAUUGCUCAUCGAACGAGCAAGGUACAAGACCACCCCCAUCUAUCAAGUUUCAACUUCAGAACCUUCACAAGAUGUCCAUGGCUGUGCGUUCCUCUUUCGCCGCCCGUGUGGCUGGCGCUCGCCCGGCUGUCCGUGCCGCGCGGCCCUCGGCCCGCACUGUGAGCGUCAACGCCUAUAAGGUCACGUUUAAGACCCCUAGCGGCGACAAGGUCGUGGAGGUGGCCGACGAUGUCUACCUGCUGGACGCGGCCGAGGAGGCUGGUAUGGACCUGCCGUACUCUUGCCGUGCAGGCGCUUGCUCUAGCUGCGCCGGCAAGAUUGUGUCGGGCACCGUGGACCAGAGCGACCAGAGCUUCCUGGACGAUAAGCAGAUGGAGGCUGGCUUCGUGCUCACCUGCGUGGCCUACGCCACUUCGGACCUGGUCAUCCUGACCAACCAGGAGGAGGGUCUCUACUAAGUAAAACGGGCGUUCUUCAUUUAUGUUUUUGCAUUCAUUGCAUUCUGAGGUUAGGUCCGGCUGGGAAUCGAUCGGGUGAUCUAUAGAGAUAUGAAGUCGGGUGUGGCAAGCAGGCUGCCGAGGUACCGUGCAGAGCCUGCAUGACACCUCAUUAUAUGCUUGAAAGCAUCUUUGCGGUUAUAGGCUGAUGUCAGGAGGAUGUGAAGGAAAGCUUGGCUUCGGAGCGUUGGCAACGCGUGCGGUAUAGCGCUGUAGACGUGGUGUGUCUCACUAGCAGAGCCAAUUUUGAACUCGAGGCCGCCUGCUUGUUAACAUAUCCAUUCCCUCUUUCUCGAAGGAAGAUGUAGAACAGCGUCUUUUCCUUGAUUCAGAGACCAUGUGCUUAUGUACCCGAAACACCUAGCCGCCUGCGCUUGUUUGGGUAGCAACUUCGGCUACUUGUAAGACACAUUUCCAAGACUGUAGUAAUGAGUCCACCU